ACUACCUACCACAAAGGAGGGCCUCUUUCGGGGUCCCCAUGGUGUGUCCAGAACGCAACGCGAAGAGCCAGGUCUCCUUCUCUCUUCCCGUUUUCUCCGAUCUCUCAAGCCAAUUAAUCCAAGCCGAGGCGGUCGCUCGGGAGAGAGAGACAGCGAGAGCGCGAUGAGGGUGGCGAUGGAGAUGGCCAUGGCCGUGGCCAUGGCGGUGGUGGUGGCGCUAGGGAUGGUGGCGACGCCGGCGGAGGCCGGGGACAAUAACCGGGUGUUCCAGCCUUGCGCGGACACCAAGAUCCAGAGGGGUGAUGGCUUCACCUUCGGCAUCGCCUUCUCGACCCGGGAUUCCUUCUUCUUUAACCAGACCCAGCUCUCCCCGUGCGACAGCCGCCUCGCCCUCGCCUCCAACGCCAACGCCCAGCUCGCCCUCUUCCGCCCCAAGGUCGAUGAGAUCUCCCUGCUCACCGUGAACACCACCGUCUACCCGGCUGUCACUAAUGGUGGAUUCAUGGUGGCCUUUGCCGGUAGGAAGUAUGCAGCAAGAUCCCUUCCAGCAUUUGUUGGCAACAGCUCGUAUAUUGUUACCAGCUUUACCCUGGUACUUGAAUUCCAAAAAGGCAGACUUCAGAACUUGUAUUGGAAGCGAGAUGGUUGUGCUUCAUGUUCCGGGAAGUCAAACUUUGUCUGUCUGAACAAGCUAGAGUGUGCAAUCAAAACAUCCAGCUGCAAGAACGCGAACCAGGGCGGCUCAGUUGAUUGCAGCAUUGGAAUACAGUUAGCCUUCUCAGGUACAGAUGAGCAUGAUGCAGUUCUCAAUUCGUGGUACGAGGUUUCCAACCUCCAGCAAUACUCGCUCUAUGGACUGUAUUCCAACCUUAGAGAUUCUCUCACCAGCCAGUACAACAAAAUCUUCUAGCCUGUUUGCUAAACUCCUGAGGCACUGCUGUUGUAUUUUUCUUUUAUCGUAUCUCUUAUUACCUUUCCAUAUAUUUUUCUUUUUGUAUUGGAAGUUGCUGUAAAGUUGCUUGAUCCUUGGAGUCAAGACUCUCCUAUCCUGUAAUCCACAUGUAUUAGCUGGUGCUUAACUAUGUGCAUUUUAUUUGCUAUUGCAAAUUCCAUUUAAUCAUUUCCUGUUUCA